CCACUACAUUUACCGUUUUGCCAGUAUCAGCGAGACGCCACUCUAGGGUUCGUUAAAUCGUAUCCAAUUUAAAAGCUCUCCUUCGAAGUUUGCACUAAUUUUCAUUUUUCGCACCAGAAAUUUUCUAUCCAUUUCGACAUCGUUGUCGUGCUCCUUUACCCUAAGGAAGGUGCACAGAUUGGUACGUUUUGUUUGGAAACUGCUAAUAUUUUUCUGAGAUUGGACACUUCAUGAUUCUUCUUUUUGUUCUGCCUUCUCGUUCCUUUGAUGCCUAAUUGUUUGUUCAUCACCUUGCAUCAUUUGAGUAGAAAUUUUUCAUAUUUACAUGAUUUUCUUUGCCCCUCGUUUGGCUUUGUGUAAAAUAGAAGAGCUUGUGCUCACCAACAUGCCGUUUGAACUCGGGUUCCUUUCGCCGCCUUCGUUAAUCUCUUUUUUAUUGUUUUUGACUUGCCUGUCUGCCAAUGCUGUUAAUUAUCUUAUCAUUGUCCCUUUAAUAAAAGUCUAUCACAUUGCUGCCGUAUAAGCCUUGUCUGUCUCAUUGCACGGCUUCCACUGAGAUUCAUUCGCUGCAACCCCUUGUUUGGCCUUUCUUUUUGUUUCCUCCUUUCGAUAUGUGUAUACUUCUUCCCAGGAAUUCUUCUGGCCUCUGUGCCUUCUUCACAGUUGCCUCACGCUUAUUUCGUUAGUUUCAUAAGAUGCCUCGGGAAAAAGCAAUUUCUUCAUCAGCUGCUAAGCCAUCUGAGCCUGAGGAGCCAGUUGAAUCUGAUGAGAAGGUUGAUUUUGAGGAGGCAAAUGAUCCAGAGGAAGCAAUGGAAGAAGAAGUAGAAUAUGAAGAAGUAGAAGAAGAAGAGGAAGUGGAAGAGAUAGAAGAGGAGGUGGAAGAGGUGGAAGAAGAGGAGGAAGUGGAGGUGGAAGAAGAUGAAGAGGAGGAGGAGGAGGAGGAAGAAGAGGUUGAAGAAGUGGAAGAAGAUGAUGCCAUGCAAAAUCAUAGCAGUGAUGAAACAAAGGUGGAAGAUGAGGAUGAGAAGAAAAAACAUGCUGAACUCCUUUCAAUUCCUCCUCAUGGGUCUGAAGUAUACAUUGGUGGCAUUCCUCAUGCCUCAGAUGAGGAUUUGAAAUCUUUAUGUGAGCGUAUUGGGGAAGUUGCAGAGGUUCGAAUAAUGAAGGGAAAGGAUUCUUCCGAGAACAAGGGCUUUGGUUUUGUGACCUUUAGAAGUGUGGAAUUGGCUUCUAAAGCCAUUGAGGAGCUAAAUAAUACCGAAUUCAUGGGUAAAAAAAUUAAAUGUUCAAAAUCUCAAGCCAAGCACCGUCUUUUUAUUGGCAAUGUUCCUAGAAGCUGGGGUGUUGAAGAUCUGAAGAAGAUUGUAACUGAGAUUGGACCUGGAGUUACUGGUGUGGAACUAGUCAAGGAUAUGAAGAACACCAACAAUAACCGGGGCUUUGCUUUUAUUGACUAUUAUAACCAUGCAUGUGCUGAGUAUUCAAGGCAAAAGAUGAUGAGCCCAACAUUUAAGCUAGGUGAGAAUGCUCCAACAGUGAGCUGGGCUGAUCCUAAAAAUGCUGAGUCCUCUGCUGCAUCUCAGGUGAAGGCAGUAUAUGUGAAGAACCUUCCAAAGAAUGUAACUCAAGAGCAGUUGAAGAAGCUUUUUGAACGUCAUGGGAAGAUCACAAAGGUGGUUCUUCCACCAGCAAAGUCUGGACAGGAAAAGAACAGAAUUGGCUUUGUACAUUUUGCAGAGAGGUCAAAUGCUAUGAAAGCACUGAAAAACACUGAAAGAUAUGAAUUAGAAGGUCAACUUUUACAAUGCUCUCUGGCAAAGCCACAGGCUGAUCAAAAGUCUGGAGGAUCAAACACACAGAAGCCAGGACCAGGAUUGCUUCCAAGCUAUCCACCACAUGUUGGUUAUGGUUUGGUUGGAGGUGCCUAUGGUGGACUUGGUGCAGGAUAUGCUGCUCCAGGUCUUGCACAGCCCAUGCUAUAUGGAGGAGGUCAAACUCCCUCAGGAAUGGCCAUCAUGCCUAUGCUUUUAGCUGAUGGACGGAUUGGAUAUGUCUUGCAACAACCAGGAAUGCAGCCACAAGCCCCACCCUCACAUCAUAGAGGUGGCAGGGGCGGUGGUGGCAGUGGGAGUGGCAACAGGAAUGUCGGGAGUUCAAGUAAGGGAAGGCACAACAAUGAUGGUGGCCAUGGGCGCAGAUAUCGGCCAUAUUAGCCGGUCUUGAUAUAUAGAUAGUAGCACCCCCUUCUCUCAAAUGUACUUGGGGCAUUUCAAGCUCAGUUAAUUUAUCAAAAUGUGCUACAUAUUUUUUUAUUAAAAUUUUAUUCUGCAGAAUUACAUACAUGAUGUCAGGGCGUUUGUAAGUUGAAUUCUUCCUAUGUUGAUAAUUAAUCAGUUUUAUACUUGAGAACCUUUUUUUAAA